AUGUUUGGUUUCGGCGACGCCAAGGAAAAUUACGACCAGCUCCAAGACGGCCGUCACGAGGCCAAGUUCUCCCACGAGCUCCUCGCCGGCGGCGCCUCUUUUGCCGCCUUCAAGGCUUUCGAGGACCACCAGCGCUCAGAAGGCAAGCCCGUCUCUCAUCAAUUCGCCAAAGAGCUCCUCGCGGGCUUUGCCGGCGCCGAGGUCGACAAGCUCAUGGAGAGCAAGGGCGCCGACUGGAUCGACAGGGAGCGCGCCCAGCACGAGGCCAAGAAGCGCACCGAGCAAAUGUACGACCAGCACUAUGGCGGCCGCGACGAGUACAACCCCGAGUACGAGGCUCCCGAGCACUUCCGAAACUACUAA